UUAUCGAGAAAGUUUUCCAGAACAAGAGAAAAAGGCCAAAAACCAGUCGCCAUAUUCUUCGAAAGGAUCUUCAAAAUAAAACGCCAUUACUGGAAAGAUGAAAAUGGUUGUUUCGUCAGUUCGGAUAUUCAAUAGUCUAAAGCCGCCAAGUGCUUCUCUUACAGCUUACUCGACAGUACAUUCUAGGUCUCCGAGCUCACUGGAUUGCAACUUCUGUCGGUUGAAGGGAGGUUUUGUUUCUUCUAGCAUUUCCGGAUCGUGUCAACUUCGAGCCAUAGUCAGAGAUAAAGGAAAGAGAACAGAGGAUCAUCCACUCGUUGGUGAUUCGACAGAUAAAGUUGACGAGAAUCAGGUUAUGGAACCAGAGCGUGAUUUUGCUGGCACAUCUUAUGUCCCUGUAUAUGUUAUGCUUCCACUGGAUGUUAUAGACAUGAAAUGUGAGUUGGUUGACCCAGAGGGUCUUCUGGAUCAGUUAAGGAUUUUGAGGUCUGUUAAUGUUGAUGGUGUUAUGGUUGAUUGCUGGUGGGGAAUAGUUGAGGCGCACACUUCUCAAUUGUAUAAUUGGAGUGGCUACAAGAGGCUUUUUCAGAUUGUGCGAGAUCUUGGGCUUAAGUUACAGGUUGUAAUGUCAUUUCAUGAAUGCGGAGGCAAUAUUGGAGACAAUGUACAUAUUCCACUCCCUCAGUGGAUAAGAGAAAUCGGGGAGAGCAACCCUGACAUAUAUUUUACAGAUAGAGAAGGAAAGCGGAAUCCUGAAUGCCUCACAUGGGGAAUUGAUAAGGAGCGGGUUUUAAAGGGCCGAACUGCUGUUGAGGUUUACUUUGACUACAUGAGGAGCUUUCGUGUAGAAUUUGAUGAGUUCUUUGUAGAUGGAGUCAUAUCUGAAAUUGAAGUUGGACUGGGUCCUUGUGGGGAGCUACGCUAUCCUUCUUAUCCUGCGAAGCAUGGUUGGAGAUAUCCUGGUAUUGGUGAAUUUCAGUGUUAUGAUAAAUAUUUGAUGAAGAGUCUAAGCAAAGCAGCAGAAAUUAGGGGGCACUCUUUCUGGGCCAGAGGACCAGAUAAUGCUGGUUCUUAUAAUUCCACACCUCAUGAGACUGGAUUCUUUCGUGAUGGAGGUGACUAUGACAGCUACUAUGGCAGGUUCUUUCUUAAUUGGUAUUCUCAAGUUUUGGUUGAUCAUGGUGAUCGUGUGCUUGCUCUGGCCAAUUUAGCCUUUGAAGGCACUUGCAUUGCUGCAAAGCUAUCAGGUAUUCAUUGGUGGUAUAAAACAGCUAGCCAUGCUGCUGAGCUAACUGCUGGGUUUUACAAUCCUUCAAAUCGUGAUGGCUAUGCUCCAAUUGCAGCAAUGUUGAAAAAGCAUGGGGUUGCAUUAAACUUCACCUGUGUUGAAUUGCGCACCUUGGAUCAGCAUGAGGACUUCCCAGAGGCACUGGCAGACCCUGAGGGAUUAGUUUGGCAGGUGCUGAAUGCUGCAUGGGAUGUUUCCAUACUGGUUGCCAGUGAGAAUGCUCUUCCAUGUUAUGACAGAGAAGGCUAUAAUAAGAUAUUAGAAAAUGCCAAGCCACGGAAUGACCCAGAUGGCCGCCAUUUAUCUGCCUUUACCUAUCUCAGACUCAACCCAGUUCUGAUGGAGACACACAACUUUGCAGAGUUCGAAAGAUUUGUCACAAGGAUGCAUGGGGAAGCAGUCCCAGAUCUCCAAUCGUUUCCGAAUGAAAAGCCUGCAAAACCCGAGGGGAAGGAUGGACAGGUUGAUGCUUAGGAGAAAGAUACAUGAUGUAAACUUUGUAGACGUUUUUACACAAAUAAUUCAGGUUCCGUUGGUCCCUCGAGUGACCAAGAGCAAUGCAUACGAGAAAAUUCAAAUUUUGAGAAUGUUUUCUUCAGGGUGCUGGACAUUUGGCACCCCAAACAGGGAGAACUUGUUUCAUUUCAGAAAACUUCCAAGUCUCAUGUUGUCUAAUUCAUUGUUAUAGAUCUUAAAAAUGUGUAGGACUUUUUCCAAAUUCUGUAAAUAGAUGCUGGUAUAAUUGAGCAGUUGGGUUGGGUCAUUUUGGAACAAAAAAAUUUGGAUAAUUUUUGGAUUCCGAUCAUUUCAU